ACUCCAACUAAUUUGUGAGAGCCAUUUUGUGCACACCCAACAUGCACCAAUGCGAUGUACUGAGCUCAGACAAAUACGCGGAACUCGGCGGAACCAGCAAAAAAACUGCAUUAUUCGACCAGCCGAACACACAAGUUGCACCGACACCCGAAAUGUGCAGUCGAUGCAAACCAGUCGAAAUCGCUAUUAGAUAAAGUCAGUGUAACUAACGACUUAACGAAAUGUCUAAAAGAAAAUUAUUUCAAAAUUUAUCAAAAAGUCAAAAAAACAGGAGGAUAAAAAAAGAAUAUGAUUCUUUUUUGGAAAUUCCUUCUUCAAGUCCUUGGCAAAGUAAAAAAUCUUCUAUGGAAAAUGUAAUAAUUGAGGAAGGAAAUACAGAAAAUGUGGAGCUAUGUUCUAACCUAAAAAUAAUGAGAAGUGAAAAUGAAAAAUGUAAUAGUAGUGGUGAAAUUAGUUCUGUGAAAAAAGACAUUAAAGACAAUAAUACAUUAGAUAGUAAUAAUGACAUGUUAAUGGAGGAUAAUGCUAUUCUUGAACCGUUCAACAUUUCAGAAAAUAAUAGUAAUGCUUUAAAAGAAGAAUUAACACGGUGGAUUNGCCAAUAUAAUAUCGCUCAUUUAGCAGCAGGAGCUUUGUUAAAAAUCCUUCGUAAUGUGCAAUCGAUUGAAGAAUUAAAAGAACUUCCACAAGAUCCUCGAACUCUACUUAAUACGCCAAGAAGUACUGUUAUUCGUCUUGUUUCACCUGGAGAAUAUUUUCAUUAUGGCUUACAACAAGGAUUGAUUGAUCAAUUAAAAGUCAUGAAUAAGAAUAAGCUUGCUGAAAAUAUACAAAUAAAUGUGCACAUAGAUGGAUUACCAUUAGCAAAAAGUUCAAAAAGUCAAUUAUACCCAAUAUUGGCUGAAAUUUUCCCUAAAAUUACUGCACCGUUUGUCGUCGGAAUAUAUCAUGGAUACAGCAAACCUCAUAGCGUCAAUGAAUAUCUCCAAGAAUUUAUUGAAGAAUAUAAUACUUUGCAAAAAGAAGGCUUCCAAUAUGACGAUCGAACAUUUCAUGUCAUAAUCAGAGCCGUCAUUUGUGAUUCUCCAGCUCGGUCAUUUGUGACAUGUACAAAAAGCCACAAUGGUUUUUUUGGAUGUAGUAAAUGCAUGCAAGAAGGUGAAUUUGAAGACCAUCGAAUGUUAUUUUUAGAAAUGGAUGCACCGUUACGGACGGAUAAUAACUUUCUUCAACGAAAAAAUGAAGAUCAUCACACUGGAAAAUCUAUCUUUGAAGCAUCAAAUAUUGGAAUGGUAUCUCAAUUUCCUGUAGAAUAUAUGCAUCUCGUGUGUCUCGGUGUUGAAAAGAAAAUAUUGCAUUUAUGGGUUAAUGGAUGGCGUAUUAGUAAUAAAAAACAAAUUAAAUUUAGUGCUAAAAUAAUAAAUAAAAUUUCGAAAUAUUUAAUCUCGAUAAGAAAUUGGAUACCUUCAGAAUUUGUUAGGAAAACACGAAGUUUGGAUGAAUUAGACCGAUGGAAAGCCACUGAACUACGUUUAUUUUUGUUAUAUGUGGGUCCACUUGCUCUGAAAAAUCAUCAACCAGAUGAGUACUUAUAUCAUUUUAAUAGUUUACAUUGUGCUAUUCGACUUUUGUGCGACGAAACUGAUUGCAUUCGUAAUAAUCAGUGUGCUAACAAUCUAUUGCGUUAUUUCGUUGAACAAUCAAUUAAUUUAUAUGGAAAACGUUUCGUGAUUUAUAACGUCCAUAAUUUAAUUCAUUUGGCUGAUGAUGUCAAAAGAUUCGGUCACUUGGAUUCAUUUAGUGCUUUUUCAUUCGAAAGUUAUUUAAAUAAAAUUAAGAAACACUUAAAAAAAGGUGAAAAACCUUUACAACAAUUACAUAAGCGGCUUGUUGAACAAGCUAGUAGCAGUUCUCUACGAAGAAACUGUGUUUUCAUCAAACCAGAAGUGUCUAAAAAGUGGCCUCCCAAAGAUGAAAAUGCUACUAAGGAUUCCAUGAAGGCAGUUAAACCAAAAGAUAAUUGGGUAUCCGUAAAAUACACAAGAUUGUUAGGACCAUACGAUAAUUAUAAGACUGCAAGAGCAAUAGAAAUUGCUGCUGUUGAUCUUUCAACAAAUGAUGAGACACCUUUAGAAAAUAUCACCAAUAAAGCGGAAGUUUCCAAAAGACGUCCUCGAAAAAGACCAGCACGGUUUAUUAGUUCAGAUGAUGGAUCUAGUGAUGAAAUAGAAACAGAUAGAACUAGAAAUAACAAAAAUGCAUUAAAACNUAUUUUUGUAUACGAAAGUAAUAGCAAAAAACAAGAAAACCCGGUAAAAAUAAAAGCAAAUGAGUUAGAAAAUGCUUCGACUCUACCAAAAGUGAUGAACAUUAUAAAUGAUAAAAACAAACAAUAUAAAAAUGACAACAAUAAUACUUAUAACGAUGAUGAUCUGUUAGAUACACAGCCUUUGGAUUACGGAAAUUUUUUUGAUGAUCAUCCGAUUGAGAUUGAGCCAAAAAAUUCUGAUUGUGAUUCUCAAUUACCAACAAAUAAUAAGCCACUCGUACGUAGCGUUGUAAAGACCCAUAUACCUAUAUACGUGACAAGUAAAGAAAAAUCUCGCUCUUAUAAGGUUUUGACUCCUAGAAAUACUGCAACAAAAUGCACUACUACUCCUGUUCGACUUUUUGAGCAAAAUGCCACUACUACAAAUGAAGUUUCUGAGCAAGGAGCUACAACUUCAACCAUGCAAGUUCCUGAGCAAGAAGUUAUUACUACUGUUACAAAAGAGUUUUCUACACCAUCUCAUCAAAGCUGUUGUCCUGCAUGUCGCGAUAUUCUUAAACUGAUCGAACGUAAGCUUCAUUUCAUGAACAUGAACCUAAUGGAUACUACUGGCACUAUCGCCGAAAAUUCUCAAAAUAAUACAUAUGAAUUACCAGCAUUUCCGAUAGAUAAUAUAACUAAGUUAAAUGCACUUAAUACUCUUCUAGAGAAAUCACAAGGAGCACGUAUUCAAUAUAAAAGAAAAAUCCAGAUCACAGGUGGUAAGAACGCCAAGAAACACGUACGUGAGAUAUUAAGCAUACUAUUAACGGAUAAAUUUUCCUGUGAACUAUCCUGGACUGGUCAAAAAAAAACUAUUGGAGUAAAGAACAUGAAGUUCGUGGAUCUUCUGAUAGAUGCUAUGAUCACUUCGGGACAAAGUUGCACUAUUUUUGAGAUCCAAAGUGUCAUUCAAAGUUGGCUUCAACAUGCGAGUGAUCGCGUAAGAUAUUCAAUAAAAAAACACGGACAUUAAUUUUUAUUCAUUAUUAUUGUUAAAUGUAGUUUAUCUGCUUUGCAUAUAUAUAAACACUUGUGCACCUAGUGUGCUAUUGUACCUGUAAAGAAAGUAAAGACCUGUGCAAUUGUACCUGUAAAGAAAGUAAAUAAAGAAAGAAUGAGAGAGUGAGAGAGAAUAUGUAACAUCUGGAG